ACGACCACAAAAUUGUUUCUGCCGUUUCUUCGGUUAGAGGUCUGUUUGUUCCGUAUUCAUGAACGUUUCAUUACACCACCUCACUGGAGAAAGAGAAAUGGAAAAUGUGCAUCUUGCUGUGGAAGAGGAUGAUCUUUACUCGGGUUACAACGACUAUAAUCCAACAUUUGACUCCGAGGAACUGGAGAAUGAUGUGGGCUUCCAGCAAGCAGUGAGGACAAGUCAUGGAAGAAGACCUCCAAUGACUGCCAAAUUUCCUGGCACUGCUAUUGGAGCUCGGCCUUUAGCUUCUUCCUUUGGAUCUCGGAUUCCACUGGCCUCUUCAAUGGGCAGACCCAUGACUGGAGCUGUGCAGAAUGGAGCAGCCCGACCAAUGACUGCUGUCAGAGCAGCAGGUUACACUUCGUCCCUGACCCGUGGCUCCAACUUUGACCCUCUGGGCCGGUCCAGAGGCCCUGCACCUCCACUUGAAGCAAAGAAUGAGAACACCCCUGAGGAGAAGAUCAAGAUCCUGGAGAAGAAAGUGAAUGACCUGAUAGAAGAGAGCUGCAUGGGACAGAGCAUGGGGGCCUCACAACUGGCUCUUGAAAAAGCCAAAGAGGCAGGGAGGACGGAGAGAGCACUGGUGAGACAGAGGGAACAGUCUGGCAAUGCAGACCACAUCAAUUUAGACCUCACCUACUCCGUUUUGCUCAACCUUGCCAACCAGUAUGAAAACAAUGAAAUGUACCCAGAGGCCCUAAACAGCUACCAGGUCAUUGUGAAGAACAAGAUGUUCAGUAACGCAGGCCGUCUGAAAGUCAACAUGGCCAACAUCUACGUCAAACAGAAGAACUACUCUAAAGCCAUCAAGUUCUACCGAAUGGCACUGGAUCAGAUCUCCAACGCUCACAAGGAAAUGAGGAUCAAAAUCAUACAGAAUAUCGGCGUGGUCUUUGUCCGCAUGGGCCAGUACACUGACGCCAUAACAUCUUUCGAGCACAUCAUGAGCGAGAGCCCCAACAUUAAGACAGGCUUCAACCUUAUCCUCUGCUACUAUGCCAUCAGCGAUAGGGAUAGGAUGAAGAAGGCCUUUCAGAAGCUCAUCUCUGUUCCUCUGGGCAUCGAUGAUGAAGACAAGUACAUCCCAUCUAAUGAUGACACCAGCUCAAAUAUGGUCAUUGAGGCCAUUAAAAACGACAAACUUCACCAGAUGGAGAGAGAUCUAAAAGUCCUGACUGAGAAGUACAUCAUGACCGCAGCCAAGCUCAUCGCUCCAGCCAUUGAGACUUCUUUUGCUGCUGGAUUUGACUGGUGCGUGGACAUGGUGAAGAGCUCUCAGUAUGUUGAGCUAGCCAACGAUCUAGAGAUAAACAAAGCCAUCACCUACCUCAGACAGAAGGACUUCAACCAGGCAGUGGAAACUCUGAAGACAUUUGAGAAGAAGGACAGCCGAGUAAAAAGUGCUGCAGCCACCAACCUCUCUUUCCUCUACUUCCUGGAGAAAGACUAUGACCAGGCCGAGAGAUACACUGACCUCGCCAUGAACGCUGAUCGUUACAACCCGGCAGCACUUAUCAACAAAGGCAACACAGUGUUUGUCAAGCAAGAUUAUGAGAAGGCUGCAGAGUUCUACAAAGAAGCGCUGAGGAAUGAUUCCUCCUGCACUGAGGCCCUCUACAACCUGGGUCUGACCUAUAAAAGACUGAAUCGUCUGGAGGAGGCCCUGGACUGCUUCCUGAAGCUCCAUGGCAUUCUGAGGAACAGUGCCCAGGUCAUGUACCAGCUGGCCAACCUCUAUGAGCUUCUGGAAGAUCCCCAACAGGCAAUCGAGUGGAUGAUGCAGGUCAUCAGUGUAACUCCCACUGACUCCCAGGCACUGGCCAAACUGGGAGCGCUGCAUGAUGGCGAGGGGGACAAGUCCCAGGCCUUCCAGUACUACUGCGAGUCCUUCAGGUACUUCCCCUCCAACAUCGACGUGAUUGAGUGGCUCGGGGCUUACUACAUUGAGACACAGUUCUGUGAGAAUGCCAUUCAGUACUUUGAAAGAGCCACACUCAUACAACCAACCCAGGUGAAGUGGCAACUAAUGGUGGCAAGCUGCUACAGAAGAAGUGGAAACUACCAAAAAGCUCUGGAAACAUAUAAAGACAUUCACCGCAAGUUUCCAGAAAAUGCUGAAUGCCUGCGUUUCUUAGUGAGGCUGUCCACAGACAUGGGAUUGAAGGAAGUCCAAGAAUACGCCACCAAGCUGAAGAAGGUGGAGAAGAUGAAGGAGAUCAGAGAGCAGAGGGUGAAGUCGGGGCGGGAGGGCAGUGCCAGAGGUCGUAGAGAAGGCCGAGAGGGCAGCGCCGGAAGUGCUGAGAUGGAUGUUAAAGCAGUAUCUCAGCCUGAGUCUAAACAACUCAGUCCACAGUUGGACUCAGGGAGAGAUAGCGGCCACAGCAGCAACAGCACAAAAGGAGAGCGACUGAGUGCCAAGAUGAGGUCACUUCCUGGUUCCAAUGAGCCCUACGAGGCCAGCAGCCCAAAAGAAAUAGACGCGUCCUACGUGGACCCACUGGGGCCUCAGAUGGAGAGGCCAAAGACGGGAGCCAAGAAGCGCGUGGAGGACGACGACGACUUUGCGGACGAAGAGCUGGGAGACGACCUGCUGCCGGAGUAGCUGCUUCCACCCUCUGCCUUCACUGCGUUGUUGGAACUUUUGCACUUUUGUCACCGUUGAAAUGUUGAACUUAGCUCUUUAGCAAAAACCAGAAAUGUUAGAGUCCAUGAGUGAGAUGUCUUUACCUCUGUCAGAGUGGCCAUCUGUCUUACAUCUGAGUAGCCAUGCUUGAAAAGCACAAUAUUUAUACAUACCCAAUUAGCUUGUACCCUGAAUACCUAUAUACAUGGAAUGAAUGUCAAGAAAACAUCUACAAGAAGCUGAUUCCAGUGCAGUCUGGAACUAGAGUGUCGUUUUGGCUGUGUUCUCCAGUGUUUUUAAAAUGAAUGAAUCAAAAUGAGGUUACAGAGCUGGAUUUUAACUUUACCUUUGAAUGUGUUUACAUUCAUGUCUGAUGAAGUGUGUAGAAGUUACAGAGUUAUCCUCCCCAGAGUUAAUGAGCUCUGAGUUCCAUACCGUUCACUCAAUAUGGAUGUGAACGCCCUGAAACAUGUCUCAAGCUGAAAGUCUGCAUUUUGACCUCACUGUCACCUUUUCAUUUGAAAUGCAGUGUUGGGACACAGGCACAGAGCCAACACAAUGAACAUAUCACUGUUCUGAUAGUUUUGACUGCACUGGGAACCUUCUGGAAAAUCCAUCAACAUGAUACACCAAACGUAUGUAAUGCACACGCAUCGGGUCCUGCUUCCUUUCCUCCUUAUUCUAGAAAUGUUCAUUUGUAGUGAACUAUUUUUUUUUGUUCUUGUUCACUUCCACAUUGUUCAUUCUGUGAUUAAAAGACAAAAUAUUUUAACUAUUCAGCAGAGAGGUUGAGCAGUCUCCU